UAAUUUCAUACUUGGACAAAGUUUAUAAUAGUUUCAUAACUUAUUUAAUUUAUUUUUGUUCAGAUUCCAAGUGAAGCUUCGCCAGCAGUAAUUAGUAUGGGGCUUUCAUCAAGUAAAAGCAAAACAAACAGUGCCAACCAUGUCAAGAGCAGUGAUGGCAACUCUAGUUGUCCUGAAGAAGAUGUCAAUUCUACUCCUCUUAGGAAAGUGCUCCCUUUUGACCCACGUUCUCCUACUGAUCAUAUAACUCGCACUCCCAUCACAGUGACAUCAACUGGUGAGGACUGCACUCCAGCAAGACCAGCAAAUCCUGCCACCAGCCUACGAGUCCUGGAUGUUGACCCUCGCUCUCCUUCACAACAGGUCACGAGAACGCCGAUAGUCAUUGAUGACAGUGCCGAUAAUGCUUCCACUGUUGCUCUGUCAACCCCCAAAUCAUCUGGCAUUAGAAGCAAGCCUCACGCUCUGAAUAAACCCGAUGAGUCGCCCACUCCUGAAUUGAGCUUUGGUAUUCGAGACGAAGAAAACGAUCCUAGAUCUCCCUCAGUUACAGUGCCACGUACUCCUCUUGAAGACAAGCUUUUUAAGGUUUCUAUUCGAGACGCCAAUUCAAGUUCUAGUUCUGUGGCUUACGCUUCAGCCAAAAAUUCAAUUCAGGAACAAAAUCAACAGUCGAGCAAAGAUGAAAAUAAUGAGUUUGAUCAAUCCAAUGUGGAAGAUGACAAAGAAAAUAAGGAGAGCAGCACCAAGGACGAGAAGUGCAUUAAGAAUGUAUCAAAUCCGGCACCAAUGACAAGGUCGCCCUUAUCGAGCAGCAAUAAGACCAACUGCAGCACACCUCGAAACUUGCUUCAAGCAAAGCAGUGCAGGACAAUAGAGGAGGAGUUCACCAAGAACCAACGUAACAUUCUUGCACAAAUCAAUGCGGUUGAUGAAGAAGUCGUGACAGUAGUUCCUUCUACCACUCAGUUUGUCGAACAAAUCUAACCGUCAAAGUAUAGACAUUUUUAGAUCGUUCCAAUUUUUAAGAAAUAUAUCAAAUGAAACGUUCGUGAAAGCUUUGCGCAUGAGAAGGAGGAAAAAAAGGAAAUUUUGUGAAAGCAUUGCGCAUGAAAAUCCGUUAUUUUUACGUUGCAUUACAAUUAGGCUUGAUCAUGGCUGCAAGUAGUCAAGUCUGUGAAAGUGUGCUUACGUGAAACCAUUAGUAUUCUGGUUAAAUUAAGGCGGGCAAAGAAGAGCAAUAUUACAUUCCUUUUCUUAAAUUUAGCAUUGGAAAUUGUUUAUGUCGCCAAAUGUUACCUGAUGGUCUCGAAUAAAAUACUCGUUUUAUGUAUUUGAAACUUUA